AUGGACGCCUUUAACACAUCUACGCCUUUACCUUUCUCCUACACUUUCACCAUCACGAGCAGUAGUUCGACUACCAGCAGCACUCACACGAAUCCUUGGAUGGACGUUCGGAUAUGGAGUAAGUUACCAGAAAGGCUGCUCGAUCGAGUCAUUGCGUUUCUUCCACCUCCAGCCUUUUUCCGAGCUCGUUCCAUUUGUAAGAGAUGGUACGGCCUCCUUUAUUGCAGCAGCUUCCUUGAACUGUACAUGCAGAUAUCGCCACGCCACUAUUGGUUUCUGUUCUUAAAGCAUAAGCCAUUGAAGAGCUACAUCUACAGAACCAACAAUACCACCAGUGGGGACGACAACAGAACUAACUGUGAAGGGUAUCUCUUUGAUCCCUAUGAUAUUUCAUGGUACCGCCUUUCUUUCAACUCGGUUCCUUCUGGAUUCUAUCCGGCUUCUUCCUCCUGUGGGUUGGUUUGCUGGGUUUCUGACGAAGCCGGCACAAAAAAUAUCAUGAUAUUCAACCCUUUACUCGGUUCUUUAAGCCAGUUGCCGCCCACGCUAAGGCCCCGUCUCUUCCCUUCAAUUGGUUUAACAGUCAGUCCCACAUCGAUCGACGUUACAGUCGCCGGAGAUGACAUGAUUUCUCCAUACGCAGUCAAGAAUCUAUCCACUGAAACCUUUCACAUCGAUGAGGGUGGGUUUUACUCCAUAUGGGGCGACACUUCUUCACUGCCACGCCUAUGUAGCCUUGAAUCAGGUCGAAUGGUUCACGUCGAGGGUAAGUUCUACUGCAUGAAUUAUAGCCCCUUCAGCGUCCUAGCUUACGACAUAGCAGCAAACAAGUGGUCCAAGAUUCAAGCUCCCAUGCGAAGGUUCCUCCGGUCACCGGGCCUGGUUGAGAGUCGAGGAAAGCUGGUCCUUGUCGCCGCCGUGGAGAAAAGCAAGCUUAAUGUGCCCAAAAGUUUAAGACUUUGGGGCUUGCAAGAUUGUGGGACGACAUGGGUGGAAAUCGAGAGAAUGCCAAUGCAACUUUACAUGCAAUUUGCUCAACUUGAAGGUGGUAAUGGUUUUGAUUCUGUCGGACAUGGAGAAUUCAUAAUGAUAAUGAUUCGUGGAACCGAUAAGGGGCUACUGUUUGAUAUCUGUAGGAAGAGGUGGCAGUGGAUUCCGGCAUGCCCUUACCUUGGCUGUGAUAAUAAUGAUGGUGAAGAUGUUGAAUUGCGUGGUUUGGCUUAUGAGCCUAGGCUUGCUACACCGGUUAUUAGUCUACUUAGUUGA